GUAUCACAUUACAUGCGUUGGAUUUCAUUGCAUUUCUGCGCUCUCCAAAUGCACAAGGCAAUUUUGAGACCUUCAUAUAGCCCGUUAGAUCUUUGGAUUUCUCAUAAGAGCGGCAAGAGAUAGCGUCUGGUGAAUUCUGCUGUGGAUUAUUUGGGGAAUUCAAGUAACCGACACUUAUCAAAUAUCCCAAGACAUCACCCGUAUCUCCGUAUUUGGCCGUGCGCAAAUUUCAUAUCCGACAAGAAUUCGUGCGCAAAGGCAGCCAAGUACAGCAGAAAAAGAUUCCUAAAACUUGGAACUCUAUCAAGGCUAAGAGAAGGGCUCUACGCUGAGGGUUUAUAGAAAGAGAUUGGAAUUACAUAAAUUUGCGCUCAUUUGAGACAUUUUACUCCAUAUCGUCAGUGAACAGAUCGCUGUUAUCAGGAGUAUUGUGAUUUCAUACAUAGUGUGUGUUCUGUACUUCAUUGUAUACCCAUAUCUUGCUGAGAAAUAUGCCAUAUACCUUGUGGGUUGUCUUUGCUUUGCUGUGCCUCCCAGGUUCAAUAUUAAGUCAAAAUGUUCCAACGGAUAUCGACAGUUGUAUAGGAAAUGCCUGCUACCCUUCCACAGGUGAUCUUCUAGUAGGUCGGGGAGAUCGUCUUUAUGCUAGUUCGACUUGUGGUUCUCGAGGCAGGGUCGAGAGGUUUUGUGUCAUUUCUGAAUUAAAAGAAAGAGAUAAUUGUUUCUGGUGUGAUUCUCGACCAACAUCUGGAGAUACAUACUCACAUGCGCCCAGGUUCAUGGAAAUUUUAUUCAAUGAAGAAGCGAAAAAGUCCUGGUGGCAGUCUGAGAACGGAAAAGAAAAUGUCUACCUUCAGCUCGACUUUGGCGCUCAAUUUCAUGUCACACAUAUUGUUAUGAAAUGGAAGUCAUUUCGUCCAGCUGCGAUGUUGAUAGAGAAAUCUUUUGACUACCAAAGAUCUUGGAAUGUAUCACGUUAUUAUGCAAAGAAUUGUGCAGCUAGUUUUCCUGGUGUACCUGUGGUUCCACAGCCUGACAUUACGUCACCAUAUUGUUCUUCAGAUUAUUCUGAUAUUGAACCAUCCAGUGGAGGAGAGGUCGUGUACAAAGCGUUGAAAGGUGACGAAGAUGCGUCUGAUGUGAAAAUUCAAAACUUACUUCGAAUGACUAACAUUCGUAUCAACUUCACAAAAUUGAACACCUUGGGGGAUGAUAUCAUUGAUAACAGUUUGGAAACAAACAGAAACUAUUAUUACGCGGUGAAUUGGAUAAGUAUUCGUGGCAGUUGUUCGUGUUAUGGUCACGCAAAGCAAUGUCUACCUGGUCCCAAUGAAUACAAUAACAAACCCGGCAUGGUUCACAGAAUCUGCAACUGCACGCACAACACGAAAGGCGUGAAUUGUGAAGAAUGUAAAGAUCUAUACAAUGAUCUUGCUUGGGAACCUGCGGUGCAAGGCAAACCUUUUGAAUGUAAAAAAUGUGAAUGUCACGGACACGCAGACAAGUGUACAUUUAAUCCAGCAGUUUUUGAAGCGUCAGGUGGAGUCAGUGGUGGUGUUUGCACAGAUUGUAAACAUAACACAAUCGGUGUUAAAUGUGAGAAAUGUAAACCUUUACAUUAUAAAGAUCCAAACCUCCCAAUUAGUGAUCCAAAUAUCUGCAAACCGUGUGAUUGUGAUCCAGUGGGUGCAGUAGGUCGUGGAGAAUGUGAAAUGGAGGAAGAUCCAAGUCGUAAUCGCCGCGCUGGUCAGUGUAUCUGUAAAGAAAAUGUUGGUGGUGAGAGAUGUGAUCGCUGUAAGAGUGGAUAUUUCAAUCUACAACAAGAUAAUCAACUCGGCUGUGAACCUUGUGGGUGUAACUCGGAUGGAUCAGUUCAUGAAAGCUGUGACGCGCUUACCGGAAAAUGUCGGUGCCAUAGAUUUGUGGAGGGAGAGAAAUGUGACAAAUGUUUUGAUGGUUAUUGGAAUCUUAAAUCUGGUGACGGAUGUGAUCCUUGUGACUGUGAUCCAGGCGGAGCUUAUGACAAUUUUUGUGAUGUUGUGACUGGACAGUGUCGGUGCAGGCCUGGGAUUGAGGGACAAAAAUGUGAUCGUGUCAUUCCUGGUUUCUACUAUGCACUUUCUGAUAAUCUGAAGUAUGAAGGUGAAGACGCGCGAGGCAUUGGAGAAACAUCAGUGAACCUCCUUGAGCGACCUCAAGGUACCGAUGUAGUGUGGACAGAUGUUGGAAGUCUCAAUAUCUCCGAGGGAAAUGGAGUGGAGUUCGUUGUUACAAAUGUUCCUCACACCGGGAAUUAUAAAAUACUGAUGCGAUUCCAUCCUCAGACGUUUUCUUCCUGGGAAGAAGUUAAAUUGACAGUUUCUCGGGCGGAUGGUCAGAGAACGAUCAAUGGUGCUUGUGGAAAUACUUUAUCAUCAAAUGGUUAUUCAGUAAUUACCACGGUCCAACUUUAUGAACAAUAUAAGUUGCUGGACGAAAUGGUUUGUUUGGAGAAGGAUGUGCAUUAUUACGUUCGUCUUGAUUUCAACAAACGUCAAGGUCGCGAUAACCACGCUAAUUUAGACUCCCUUGUCCUAAUUCCUGAUAUGAAUUCAGUGAGUAUAUUCCAAGGUGAUAGAGGUCGCUCAAGACUAAAUGACUUCACAAGGUUUAGAUGCGAUAGAAUAAGUCUUCGUGCAAAAGUUCCAAGACCAGAAGUACACAGCGUUUGCAAGAAAUUGCAUUUCUCUGGGUCGGCUGUAAUUUAUGAUGGGGCGAUACCUUGUGACUGUAAUCAGAUUGGUACGAUACGAAAUGCCAGCGGUAUUUACACGUGUAACGAUGCCGCUGGUCAGUGUCCUUGUAAACCGAAUGUGAUUGGUCGAAGAUGCCUAAAAUGUGCUCCCGGAACAUAUAACUUUGGUCCAAAUGGUUGUUCACCAUGCAACUGUGAUCUACGAGGAUCAGAUGAUAACCUGUGUGAUGUCGUAACAGGACAAUGUAAAUGUAAUGGUCUUGGCACUGGCAGACAGUGUAACGAGUGUCCUGUGGGACAGUGGGGAUUUCCCAGAUGUCGUCCAUGUGAAUGUAAUGGUCAUGCUUCACGAUGUGAUUCUGUGACAGGAGUUUGUAUUGAUUGUCUCCACAAUACUGCUGGUGAUAAUUGUGAACUGUGCAAAGCUGGUUACUUUGGUGACGCCACCAAAGGAACAUCAACGGACUGUCAGCAAUGUCAAUGUCCGGGGGGAAGCAGUGAGAACCAGUUCAGCCCAACGUGUAGAGUAGAUACCAGUACCACGCCACCAACAUUUAUUUGUGAUCAAUGUCCACCUGGUUACGAGGGGAAGCAGUGCGAAGAAUGUAGCGAUGGUUACUAUGGGAACCCAUUAAUUCCAGGAGGAAAAUGCCAGAAAUGUAAUUGUAGUGGCAAUGUCGACUUUACUGAAGCCGGGGGGUGCGACAAGAAAACUGGGAUAUGUCUACGCUGUCUACAUAAUACCGCUGGGUAUUUUUGUGAUGUGUGCAAACCUGGUUUCUUUGGUAAUGCCAAGAAUCAAACUUGUCAACCGUGCAUUUGUAACGAAAUAGGAACAAACUCGGGUCCAGGUGCAGGCCCUUGUAAUGCUUCAACAGGCCAAUGUCCCUGCAAGCCUAAUGUCGUGGGCUUGUCGUGUGAUAGAUGCGCGCCAGGGCACUGGAAUCUAGCGAGUGGCGACGGAUGUGAGUCAUGUGACUGUUGUGCUUUUGGUUCGACGAAGAGCCAGUGUGACCAGUCAUCAGGUGUGUGCGAAUGUCGUCGGGAUUUCGGUGGUGAAAAAUGUUGUGAUUGUGAAGAAGGCUUCUGGGGCGUACCUCCUGGACAGUGUAGACCAUGCGAUUGCAACCCUAGUGGCUCAGUGCACACUCAGUGCAACAAAGAGACAGGAGAAUGUGUUUGUAAAGACGGUGUUACUGGAAAGAAGUGUAACAAAUGUAAACCAGAAACUACCCAAGAAUUCCCAGAAUGCGAGGCUUGUCAUGAAUGUUACUACAGCUGGGAUAAAAUAAUCACCGAGCUGGAGAAAAUAGCCUCCAGGCUGAAAGGAGCCACUGGAGGUAACGCAGGAGGGCCCGUUCCUGUGGAUUAUAAGAAAGAUUUAGAUGAGUUAGAAGAGCUGGUUCGUCGUAUUGAAUACAUUCUUGAUGACAGAACAACAUACCCCGAACAUUUAGAGGAGAUAAAGAACAAGAUAAACACAUAUCGUGCCAAAAUCAUGGUAAUUAUGAAUAACAUUGACCAGGUACACGAACAUCUGGGCAACACAAGCACGGAUAUGAAACAUGCGAACAAUGAAAUUUUAAAACUGCGUAAGAUUUACGAACGGCUUCGUGUAUUAGUUAAAGGACAGCUUCGAAAUCUCACGUUGAUCGAGGGGAAAAAACCAGGUGAAGCUCUGAAUGACACACAACGGAGCUUGGAAGUUUCCAUUCGUGCAUUUGAUCUUUCAAAUGAGGUGAGAAAAAUAAUCGAAGAAUCUGCUAAACAACGAGAAGAAAUGGACAAUAAAGUUCCUGGUUAUAACAAGACACAUGAAGAAAUUCGUGACAAAUUGAAAAAAUAUGAAGAAGAAUUUGUUAGGCUCAAUGACAUUAUUGCCAGGAUUAAUGAAAAAUUAUGUGGGGCUAAUCAAACAAUUUGUGGUGGAUGCACUCCGUUUGGGUGUGAUAAUUGUGGUGGAGAUGGGUGUGAUGGAGCCAUACCACUAGCCACGCAGGCUGUAGAUAAAGCAACAUUGGCUGAACGUAAACUUUGGGAGAAAGAACGUGAUGCUAAUGCUACUCUGGCUGAGGUCGUUCAAGCACGGAUUACUGUUGACAAUGCAAUGAAGGAAGCCAAGAUUGCCCUCGAACUGGCAAAAGCAAUUCAAAUUCAAGCUUCGAAUGACACAGAUCACAUCACAGUAUUGAUAGCGGAAAUUUACAAAUACUUAAAUCGAAGUAGUGACAAUGCUCACGAAGUUCGAAGAAUUGCCGAAUUCGUUCUGGGCAGAAGUUUGACGAUCUCUGAAGAAGGAAUUAAAGAACUCGGGAGACGCAUCAAAGACGCUGUAAACAAGUUGACGGGAAUCGAUCAAAUACUCAUCGAAACCGCACGCGAAUUAUCGACGCUUGAAAAUCUAAAACAAGAAGCAAUUCAAGCUAAUUCAUCAGCGACGAAUGUGGCUGGCAUUGCUAAAGAAGUUACAGACUCUCUUGCUAAUGUUGUUGUCGUUCAGGAUGGCUUAAGAACAUCUUUAAAAAAAGCAAAGAGAAAAAUCAAAGAUGUUGAAAUUAGACUCCUCGAGGUUGAAACAAUCAUAAACAAAACUUUGAACAAAUCAAUAGAAUCUGUGCGUCUUACGACGGAGAUGAAGAGGCGAAUAGGACCGUUGGAAAAGAAAUUUGAAGAGAAUGAGAAGCUUUUGAAAGUUGCCGAAACGGAAGUUAAAGAUGCCGUUAAUAUUUCCUCUGAAUCAAAAACUGAUUCCGCAGAGCUUAAAAAACGCUUUGACGACAUGAGCAAACGUUACCAAGAUAAAUUAGAUGAACAGAAAAAAUUCAGGAAUAGAACUGAGAAAGCUCUUGACGCCGCGAAAAAAGUAAAAUCAUCGCUUAUCAUGAAGCUUCGUGAUUUAGAAAGUUAUUUAAUACGACGAAAGGAGCUUGAGGAUCUUAUUGAAAAACUGAAAAAACUUGAGGACCAAGUAGAUGAGAAAUAUUGCGAGAUAACUUUGGAUACAGCUAAUUUCAAAAUUUGUAUUGAUGAAGGGACGAGCACAAAGGUACCCCUGCCUGCUGAAGGAUAUUGCGAAAGGCUCAAAGAGUAUACCAAGACACAGGGCAAAUAAUGACUAGAAGCUAAAUAUUGCAGCCUGUUUGUUGUUCAAGAACACAAGCAAAUGUUCAUACUUGCUUGCUUAUAUCUGCUACUUUGUUUUUUUGUAAAUUAAUAUAAGGUACUACUCCUAGUCAGAUGAAAAUAUAUUUAACACGUUAGCAGAUUGUGAAG